AUGACAGAUGGAAAAAAAAUUAAAAUUUGGGUCACAUGUAUAGACUUGUUGUUGAGUUUAUGUUUACUAUGGGUUACAGAUACAUUCGGUGUAGAUUGCCGAUCAUGGAUAUCAGUCCCGACUCCAAGAAGAUGUCCAAAUUGCAAUAGCGUAUUACAUGGAGGUACAGUUGUCAGUAAUCCUAAUGAACCAGACUACUCAGUGGUUCAAUAUCACAGAGGUAAUACUAAUAGAAAUCCAUAUGGUGGAAAUCCUUUUGGAGGAAAUUCUAAUGGUGGAAUUGGUUUUGGUGGAAAUCCUUAUGGUGGUGGAGGUGGAUUUAUUGAUAUAAUUCUUGUUUACGAAUGGAGACAGGUGGUCACCUUUCAAAAUUAA